UCUCGAACUCUCUCUCUCUUUGUGUACCGGUGUGCAUAGCCAGGACAUAUCGUCACGUGUGCCGCUGCUGUGCCACGUUGCUGUUGGCUGUUUUUUUUAUUUUGUCUAAACUUUGGUGUGCUGUGUGACGAUUCGGUUUGCGAACAAGUUUGCUCCGUUGAAAUUGGGGGGCCACCUUUCGAGAUGGGGCAGUUUGAUGGACCAUACCAAGAAGCAGCGGAGGAGUUGGUGAAGCAGCUGCGCAGCGUUAUCAUCACCCGUUCGAAGGAAGGUGCGACCUUGGAAGAGAUAAUAGAUGAUUACCGUGAGCUCACGGGCGAUCUCCUGCUGGAUAUCUUCGGUUCGCGGCAAAAUCUCGCGAACUAUCUGCCCUCGAUCGAUGGAAUCUGGCACUGGACGGGAGAUGGCGUGAUUCUGUGGUUCUGCAGCACUCCCAGGACGAAGCACCUGGUGGAACUAAUCAACGGACAAAAGUCUAACGUGCUGGAGAUCAGAAAUCAUCGGAACGACGCACCGGUUAGCUACAGCGUACCGGCCGAUCCUCCCCCCCCAAAGUUCUUCAAGGACAACAUGAGGCCGCCAAGGAAACCGUAUCAAAGCCGGUACAAGCAACCGUAUCCAACCAAGGAACGACGAUGGCGACCGUACAAUCGAUCACACCGACCGAAACUACCCAGAGCGGAUAAGCUAGAUGUCCGCCUGUUCGGACCUUCGUUCCACAAGCACCAGCUGGUGGGAGAUGACUUUUUCCUCUCCAUAGCUAAAUGUGAGCUUGACUAUUCGUUCGAUCAAGGUCACGAAAUAGCAAUGAGCGGCCUAUGCAUUUCCGGGUUGACACUGGCCGAGGCUGCAAGGCGGGUCGAAGCGGCCCCGUACAUCGCCUCCCAGGUGCUGGUGAAUGUUGGAACCGUCGAUCUGCUGCACGGUCGCCAGAUGAUUGAUCUGAUACAAGAUUUCGACAUGCUGAUGGAUCGGUUUCGUGAGCGCAACGUGGAACCGCUCAUGACAACGCUCGCACCGAUCGCGAAUACUGGCGGACGGUCGGUAAUGCAGGAACGUUUGUGCAAGUUCAACGAGUACAUCCGCUCAAGCUGCCCAAACUACAUCAAUCUGGACCGGUACUUCCAGAACGACGACGGAUCCGUGCGGUUCGAGUGCUACCAGCCCGGGCCGCGCACGGUCACCGGAAGUACCAUGCCGCACGUGCUGUGGAACAGUCUCGGUCGCAGACAUGUGCUACACGAGCUGGGCAACGAGCUGGCCAAUCGGAUAUGUGAGUCAUUUUUUUGGCGGAACAUCUAGAGGUGAUGGUGCUGAUUGCCGCUGGCUGCUGCUUCAUCUUCUUCUUGCUACCCACAAAAUGCUUAUACCGUGCAACCACCGCAACCGGGUACACCAAGAGUGUUCGAUUUUAAUGUGUUUUGCAGCUGAUUGUAUUGUGAUUCGUCUUAAUUCGUGUGAUAUGCGUAGUCUUACUACUCCCUCCUAGUGUUACUGUGUAAAGAAGUUCGCGGAUGGUGGCUGAUGGAUGGAGACUGUUUCACUCUCUCUUUACGAUCCGUCGAUCGGCUAAUGCAGAUGGUUUUGUGACGGCACUCGUGUACCCUACUCUCAAGAACCCCCACGCCCCUCCCUUCGAUGUCGACGUCGACGAGGUGAAAAUCCGAAGCGACAACGGUUCGUCCUCGUCCGGAGGACGAACUGGAGUGCCGCUUCGCCGAUUAGAGAUUAAUGCUCCGGAGCAUUCCCCGGAUUAGGCCACCACCGGCCCGAAGUCUUACCGGUGUCUUCGUGUCUGGCCCCGUUACGCGGAAUCUCCAUCGAAACGUGUAAUUUUCGACAAAGUGAGUUCGAUGCAUCGAUGGUUUGCGGGAUGUCCUGUGCCGCCGUCGCCGGCGACGACGACAACGACGACGAUUCAUCGAACCAGCGAUCCAUCGUGAGGUGUAACGACGUGACGAAACAAAGACCAUCGCACUUCAUUGCUGACACAAGGAUUUCAUCGUACGGAGCGAAACCAAUCCACCGGGCAACCGAGCUACGACCACGUUUGAUGACGCGUCAUCAAAUUCCGGGAUUGAUCAUGAUCAAUUAGCUCCAGCCCCAUUUUUCCUGCCUUCUCAGCAUCUUUGCGGCUUCAUAUUGUUGUGUUAUGUGUUGUGUGUACAUAAAAAUAUAUUUGUGAAAAUGUA